AUGAUCAUUCUCAGACCCUUCAUCCUGGUAUACCUGGGUAUAUCCAGCGCAUAUGCAGCCACCUCAACCACAUCAGCUCAUACAUCAUCCAUCACUGGAUGUCACAGUCAUGGGUCAAGCAUUUACUGCAUUGAUGGAGAUGGCCAUGAAGUUUUGGUCUCGGCAACAUCUACUCCCACAAGUGGGAUACCGGCACAAUACACCGGGUGCCAUUCUCACGGCACCGAGUCAUACUGCAUGGAUGCAGAUGGAAACGACGUGCUUAUUCAAGAAGAAGCCACCGAAGAGAGUGAAGAUGAACAUAGUGAUCACGACCACGACCACGACCACGACCAUGAAGAAUCCUCAAGCGAGGGUGGACAAAAUUGUCAUUUCCAUGCUGGUGUUGAACACUGCGUUGGCACAGGCGAAUCAGAGAGCAGCCACGCCUCAUGUGGUAUCCAAACAAGAGACUAUGAUGUCCCUUUGCGCAUCGGGACGUUGUUCGUCGUUCUUGCCACUAGUGCGAUCGGUGUCUUUGCACCAAUCCUCCUCAUGAAACUUCCAUUUGCCUCCAUUAAUGGUGUUGUAUCGACUGUCAUUAAGCAAUUUGGAACAGGUAUUAUCCUUUCCACAGCCUUCGUGCACCUUUACACACAUGCAAAUCUCAUGUUCACCAACGAGUGUCUGGGUGAGCUUGAGUACGAAGCGACAACAUCUGCUGUUGUGAUGGCUGGAAUAUUUCUUGCAUUUUUGCUUGAGUAUAUCGGCCACAGGGUUAUUGUUGCGCGUAAUAGCAAGAAGGAUGCAGCGGAGGUUACUGAGUCUGAAUCUCAACCAACCGCUCAGAAAGGACAGUAUGGUAGCACUCAUGACCUGCCACAGCAGCCCACGCUGGCUUGCCUCGGACACAGUCACGGCACAUUUGAUCCCACCCGGCCCACUAGCAAAUUUUCAGUGCUUGUCAUGGAAGCCGGUGUGCUUUUCCACAGCAUCUUGAUUGGCCUCACACUUGUUGUUGCUGGGGACUCUUUUUACAAGACGCUUCUGGUGGUCAUUGUGUUCCAUCAAUUCUUCGAGGGACUGGCGCUUGGUGCUCGAAUUGCGACCCUUCAAGGGGCAAUUUUCCCCUCCAAAGCGAUCAUGGCAGCGGCAUUUGCUUUGAUCACACCUAUUGGUAUGGCGAUUGGACUUGGUGUUCUGAAAUCUUUCAACGGAAAUGAGAGAAGCACUUUGAUUGCGCUAGGAACGUUGGACGCGCUUUCUGCUGGUAUUCUGGUGUGGGUCGGCGUGGUCGAUAUGUGGGCGCGUGACUGGGUGAUUGAGGGAGGCGAGAUGUUGAACGCGAAAAUUGGGAAAGUUUUGACAGGUGGUAUCUCCUUGGUCACUGGAAUGAUUUUGAUGGGCGUACUGGGAAAAUGGGCUUGA